UCUCGAUUUGUGACGUGUGAGAUGGCCUAAGGAGUCUCCGCUGCAUGGAUCGCCCCCGCAUCUGCAUCUCCUCCGCGGUACCGAGGGCCAAGGUCGCUCCCUCGACACAAUCAGAAUCAGUCCUGCCGUCGGCGAUGCGCGUUGUGUUGACAAGUCUGUUGGUCUAGGUGCACUGCUGCAGUCGAUCGAGAACCUCAGCUUCAUCGUUUCCUAGAACGUACUUUAACGACACUACCUACCUAUCCAACAGAGGGAAAAGCCCAUGCUCCAACAUGACAGAGCUACGGUCAUGUUUAAAAAAAAGGAGUCACAUAAGUCUAAUCCCCCCACCGGAUCCAACGAGUAAAACACCGUACAUCACAAUGAUGAAAUCCUCUAAAAAAAUGCGAUCAACUUGUGCCAAAACGCGCCCUAUUCGAGCAGCACUAAGUUUGAGCCCAAGUUUGAAAAAACAGAAUGUGCGCUCGAAAACUAAAACCGUACGGAGGGUCCAUUUCACACCCGACUCUUUCUCCACAGAGACAGAGGUGGACUCUCCAGAUUCUCCACCUCGUAUGACAUACGGAAGGAGAAUUCCUUACGUAGGUGGUUACACCAGACCGGAAUUCAGUCCCGACCGAGAAUUGAGACUGCCAUGUGACGAGCAGUUAAAAAGCAAUGCUCGUUUGGUUGAAGUAGUGGCAACUAGCACGAAAGGCAGCAAGCUAGUUCCAAGUUGUAGUUGUAGUUGUAGUUGUUCACGUGGGCAACCUAAGACACAGAGAAAACGAAGCUAUUCCAGUGAUAGUAUUAUGAGUUUCAGAAGCUUUUUCUCACCGAAAAUGGCUCCUAUCAAAAGGAUACACUCACAGACAAAAUCAAAAGAAGAGUGCGAAGUGCGCAAUCAAGAUCCUGAUGAGCAGCCGAAGAAACUCGGUAGUCUUCGGAGAGAAAGAAGCUCCUCCAGUGAUAGUAAUGAGAGGUUCAAAAGCUUUUUCGCGCCAAAAAUGGCACCUAUCAAGAAGGAGCAUCCAGAGACACAAUCUGAAGAGAAGGGUGAAGUACGAGGUCAAGAUCCUGCUGAGCAGCUGAAGAAUUUCAGUAAUCUUCAGGGGAAAAGAAGAGCAUCUAGUGAUAGUAGUGAAAGUUUCAGAAGCUUUUUCGCGCCAAAAAUGGCACCCAUCAAAAAGAUACGCCCAGAAACAGUAUCAGAAGAAAAGUGUAAUGCGCAGGAUCACUGUCCGGCUGAGCUGCGGAAGAAUUUUGAUAGGGUUCAAAGAAAAAGAAGUUCCUCAAGUGAUACUAAAGAAAGUUACAGAAGCUCCUUUGCACCAAAAAUGACACCUGCUAUAAAGGCAGCUGAGCAGCUGAAAAAUGUCGGUAAUCUUCAGAGAAAAAGAAGCCUCUCCAGUGACAGUGAUGAAAGUUUUAAAAGCUUUUUGACGCCAAAAGUGGCAUCCAUUACAAAAAUACACACAGAAACUAUAUCGAAAGUACAAUGUAAUGCACAGGGUCACUGUCCAGCUGAGCAGCAGGAGAAUUUAGAUAGGGUUCAAAGAAAACGAAGCUUCUCGAGUGAUUUUGAUGAAAGUUACAGAAGCUCUCUUGCACCAAAAGUGCCACCUAAAGAAGAAUGUACUGUACAAAGUAACAAAAAACUUGAGGAAAAAACUGUAUCCUCCAAUUUCAUCAGUUCUCAUAAAAAAUCUAGAAACACCAUUUCUUCACUGACUAAACCUCCACUAACAGUACAAUAUAAACCUGCCCAACAAAAUAACUUUUCAAAGUUUAUUGUUAGCCAAAACUUUUCACUAGAGUAUCAUGAUAAUAAAGAAUACUCUCUGUUGGGCAAAGUGUUAACAUAUUUUGAAGUAACAUCCAAACGAAACUUUGGAAAAAAAGCACUCCUACCAACUCCAAUGGACAUACCACCAAUACCAUUACCGUACUACAUUCAUCAAAGAAGAUGAUUACUAGGGUUCUCUCAGUAUUUUACUUACUGAACAAUUAGUUUUUAAAUGCGAAAAUAGUGGACUCUAAAAAAAUCUAAGAACUUAUAUUUUUUCAUUUUUAAUUUUACUCAACUGAUAAUUUUUAAGAGAUUUAAAUCCACGGACCAAAUCCUCUUUGGAAGUUCUGCUGUUCAAGAGGUGAAGGUCUAUGGUCCCAGGCAACUUUUAAUUUCUCAAUUCAAUUAAAAGCUCACUGAAAACUGUAUUAUGUAAACACAGUAAACACUUUUGAACUGUAUUUGAAUAUGUUACAAAAUCUAAAGUGGUUCAUAAUCAAACGUGUAAAUAGUGUUAUAAAAUCAAACAAAAAAAAAAAAAAAAAUGAUGGGAGAAAAAAAGAGGAAAUGAAAAACUUAGCCAAGAAAAUUCAGAAGAAUCAAAUCACUCGAGGAGACUUGAUCAACUAAAAAAGGACAAAUAUCACUUUUAAACUAAAAUGAAAUUUAUCUUUAAAAUUUAUAAAUAUUAAACUUUAUAUCUUACAUGUGGAAUUAAAGAUUUUUUGGAUUUUUUUUCUUUUUAAUCAUAUUCCUAUUUUUAAUUUUCUUUUCUCCUUUAGUUUUAGUUGAUUCUGAUAAUUUUAUUAUGGCUAAUUCAAUUCCUACAACCAAAAGAGUGAAGCGUCCUGACUUCCUGAAUUUAAAAUCGGCUUUUGUUUUUCAUUCUCUUUUAUUUGAUCCUAAUCUCUCCUCUUUUUGCUUUUUGUCUCAGAGAGUGAAUUAUUCUUAUAGACUAAUCCUUCUUCUCAAAUGUGAGCGUUCAGGAUUAUUUUUAGUUUUGAUCUCAAUUUUGAUAGUCAUUAUUUUAUCAAUUUACUUAUUUUUACCGUUUAAUUACCUACGGUGCACACUGAUUAAAUUAAAGUCAUGAAGAAUAAUGUUUUUGUGAGCAAUAUUAAUUUAGAAUUAAUUAGAGGAAUUUGUUCCUUUACGCUUGUACAUUUCAAAUUAUUUGUGAAAACUUGUUUUGUAGGUUACCCUCAAAAGAAAGGAAACAUAGAAACGAAUUAUGAGAAAAGUGUUUAUUCAAUAAAUAAUUUGUUUUUUUUAUAGAUAAGUUUAUAAAUAAAGUACAAUCUUAAAGUAAAGAAAUUAAAACAAUCUGUACGAAAAAUCACAAA